AUCAGCUGUUCACUCUGUACAACAGCACACAUAACCUCACAUUACAUAAUUUGUUGUGAUUUUUUGAUAAACAUUACUUACCUUGUAAAAUGAGUGUCCUCGCCAGGACCCUAAUCUGGGAGUCCCUCUCCAGUGUCCAGAGAAUCCCCAGAAACUUUUUUCCGCACUCAAACAAAUUCGUAAGACAUUUUUCUUCGCAGAAUACUUGUUGGAACUGCGGCACUACAUCCGGAAACGGGAUUUUCUGUUCAAAGUGCAAUUUUGUACAAAAAGUUGAUGAGAAAAAAGAUUACUUUGAAAUACUAGACUUACCGAGAAACUUCAAUGUCGACAGUAAUGCCUUGACGAAGAAAUUCCGUGAGAUGCAGAGCAUCCUGCAUCCUGAUAAAUUCAGUAGUAGAAGUCAGAAAGAGCAGGAUAUUUCACUUGAAUGGAGUUCCCUUGUAAAUAAGGCAUACAAGACCCUCCUGGCGCCCUUAAAGCGUGGAGAGUACAUCCUUGAGCAAAAUGGAGUGGAGCUGCCGCAGGAUAACAGUGCUCUUGAUCAGAAGUUCCUCAUGGAGAUGAUGGAGAGGAAUGAGGAGGUUGAUGCAGCAGAAACUCCCGAAGAUUUGAAGAGAUUGCAAGAGACGGUAAAGAAAGAACUGGAAGAACUCUCUGCAGAACUUUCCAAAGCGUUUGAUAAGAAACGUCUGGAUGAAGCUGUGGCUGUAAUUGUAAAGAUGAAAUAUUCAAUUAGUUUGGGGAAUAGUUUGAAGGAGAAAAGGCGAAGAUUGGGAUUUGUUGAUUAAAGAAUUUCUUAAAAUAAAAAAAAAAAUAUGCGAGAAAAUCAAAAAAUA